UGAUGCUUUACCCUCCUUCACAUCUACAAACUAUCAGAAUGGACUUCCUGGUCAUUGGUCUAACAAGAAGACAGGUGUCGACUGCUGCACGCCGCAUGACGUCCUCCUCAAGUAAAGUCCUAUGGUGGCUGGAGAAUAACAUGGAGUGCACCGUCGUCACUGACGCUGACUGCAGCAAGUCGCCGGUAAACAGCUCUACCCAUAACACCUCACUGUUGGCAGUGCGAAGUAAAAUUCUAGAAGAUCGUCUGCUGAGACUUAACACUCGCAGACGACAAAUAGAAAAACGUGAUGAUUUUCUUAAAGAAAGAAGGCGAACAGUCGAAGCCAUGGCACUCAAGGUCCUCAAUUCUUCCGGUCAAACCAUAGAUAUGUCUGUGGGUUUGGAUUCCCAAGGAAACAUUAGGACCCCGGAGUACAAGGCACUGUCACUGGGUGCAGGGGGCGUCACAGCACAGACACAAAGGCAGCCCGUGAAGCAGGAUCCGAACCUCUCUACCACUGUCUUCCCUGUGCCCCACGGGCUCAACCGGUCCCGCUCGGACAGACCAGACAUGAGUACCGUCACUACCCAGACGUCUUCCAGCCUCCUCUGCAAGCCCCCCACGGCCCCACCCCCCACGGUCGUUCCCCUCGUGGAGCUGAAGGGAUACUAUAGGAAUGGUCACAGAUGUACAUGGUGCUGA